AUGCUAAUCAUGGUGUUUCUGAUAUAUUUGACUGUAAUGACAACAGCCGUCAUCAUCCAGGUGACAGCUAGCUGCCCAGUAGUGUGCGAGUGUCCUGCGGCGCCCCCUGUGUGCCCCCCGGGUGUUAGCACCGUUCCAGACAGAUGUGGCUGCUGCAAGGUGUGCGCCGCACAACUUAACCAAGACUGCAGCCCCACGAGGCCCUGCGACCACCACAAAGGACUGGAGUGUAACUACGGGAAUGACGUGUCCGUGGCCUGGGGCAUCUGUCGAGCUAAAUCAGAGGGACGCUCGUGUGAGUACAACGGCAAGAUCUACCAAAAUGGUGAGAGCUUCCGUGCCGGCUGUAAACACCAGUGUACCUGCAUCGAUGGAGCCGUUGGCUGCGCUUCGCUCUGCAGCAACAAGCUGCCAGCUGCUUCACCGUCCUGCCCCUACCCACGUCUGGUCAGGGUGCCGGGACAGUGCUGCUUCAGUGUCAACUGCAACAAAGACGUCUGGCUUUUCCUACCUAAGCAUCAGGUGCCCUCAAUACAACAGCACCACGCUGUGCCACAUCAGCAUCAACAUGAGCCAGUCCUGACCAACAUGCUUCCUGACGCCAAGUCCAGAAACUGGGGGAGUGAAAUGUUUUUUAAUAAUCUGCCUGGUUCUCCUUCGUUUCAACAUUCAUCAGUGGGGAACACCCCGGAGGAGAAACGGUGUCCCGUCCUAACUACCAAGUGGUCCCAGUGCUCAMGCAGCUGUGGGAUGGGCGUUUCUUCUCGCAUAUCUAACAAGAACCCCCAGUGCAAGCUGAAAAAGGAGACGAGACUCUGCACUGUACGGCCGUGCCACAGCCUGACCGCCCCAGCUAAGAAAGGAAAGAGCUGCUCCCCGACUCGGAGAGCCCCAGAGCCCCUCCGUCUGUCCUACGGGGAAUGUGCGAGCGUCCGUCUUUACCGCCCCAACUACUGCGGCGUGUGUACGGACGGCCUGUGCUGCUCGCCGCGACGCACGCGCACCCUGCCCGUGACUUUUGUAUGCCCGGACGGCGAGCGCUUCCAGAGGCCGACCAUGUUCAUCCAGUCGUGUAAAUGCAACAGUGAUUGCGGCCACCUCAAUGAAGUGGCCCUUCCUCCACAGCACUGGAUGUAUGGAGACACGCAUAAAUUUACUGAGUGAACCUCGCUCUCGUUUUUAAAUCUCAUGAGGAUGCUUCGAAACGAGGAGCCAAGCGAAACGAGUAAAUACUAAAAGCAGGAAAGAGAUCCAUAUCUUACAGACAACCCAGGAUGUAAUAUGUGACCAGAGUGGACUGCACACUCGGUAGUUCUUGUUUAAAAUGAUGUGGGAUCCAAGUUAAAGUCCUGAACUUCCUAACUGAUUCRGGAUUAGAUUUGAGCUGCUCUGAUCAGCCGAUUGGAGACAAAAGCAAYAACGCACUUUACGUGGUGGUAACGUUUAGUCAUGAGUUUCUGUAGGUGAGACUUUAUUUGAAAUGUACAAAAUCAGUACAGUGUUGUGAAUAUAAACAAAGGCAUGAACUGUGCCUUUAAAUCUUUUAAAAUGACAUGCUGCCAUGCACACGCAUCAACAAAUGUAACAAGCUGUCAGAUAAGUGACUAUCUGGAAUGAAAACCAGUCAGCUUGAACUAAUACCAACUUUUUUUGAAUUAAAUGUAACUUAAGACGAUCAUAACUCUAUGUUAACAGUCCAGAUUUCUAACCAAAACUGUAAUUGUCACAUUUGCACACUUAAUAUACAAGCUAUAUCAUUAAAGUGUGAGUAAUAGUUUUAAUUUUGUCAAUCCUUAUCUGAGCCUUUGUCUCUAUUACGACUCCAAUUGUACAUUUUCAAAUUCCUGGAUAGGAAGUUUUUUAAUCUGCUGGUUUAAAAAAAAUGGUAACAAGUAUCAACAGCAGAGGUGUUCAAUCCUGGUCCUCGAGGUUUGCUAUAUGUUGGAGCAGAAACACCUCUAAAACAUGAUAGCGGCCCUCGAGAACCAGGAUUAGACCCCCUGAUCUAGAGUCAAAUCAUGUAACAUCAAAAACACWUGUAACAUCUGAGGUAUGCUAAACUGAAUCCAACACAGAAAGAAAA